GGCUACUAACCAGCUGAGCCCGUGGUGGUUAUCGGUUCGUUCGUGGGGCUGUAGCGGCUGUAGUUCUUUUUUGUGGUUCGUUCUUCUGUCGGUUCUGUCCAGUUCUGUAAUCAAGCUCGUUGGCAUUGCUUGUUAUUAAUCUUGCCACGUCCUAACGUUAUGUAGCUAAGUCAGUAAGUAACUAUAGUCAGCGCAUCAAGAUACUAAAUGUGUUGAAAAAUGGGCAACACAAACACCUCUCCCUUGUCAUCACACAGCCCGGUGGGACGAGCGAUUGGGGGCGGCCAGGCAUUCUCGAGCGGGCAGCCCAUGGGCUUCCACGAGGUGCACGGGGAGAAUGUGCGCCUGGAGCAGGGCAACAAAGUAGCCCGGCGGGCAGAGAGCUUCUGCAAGGCCAUCGUCUUCAGCUCCCGCCCCGUCCAGGUCAACGAGAAGGUGGUGCUCCGGCUCACCGAGAUCUCCAACAGCUGGAGCGGGGCACUGCGGCUUGGGUUCACCGCACAUGAUCCAGCAACCCUGGAGGGCAACCUGCCGAAGUACGCCUGUCCGGACCUGACCAACCGUCCUGGCAACUGGGCCAAAGCCCUUGGUGAAAGGUAUGCAGUGGAAGGGACGGAGCUUCACUACUACGUGAACGGGGUUGGCGAGGUGUUCUUUGGCAUCAACGGCGAGGAGAAGGGCCUGUUUCUGAACGGCGUGGACACUCGCACCCCGCUCUGGGCUCUGGUGGACAUCUACGGGAACACGACCACGAUCCAGAUGGUCGAUGCUGUGCGCCAGCUGAAUAACCACAACGAGCUUUCAACAGCGAACAGAGCCGGCCCGCUAGAUGCCGACCUGAUCCAGAGAAUAGAGCAGCUCGGGGUCUGUCUCCCGGAGGCUGCGGCCGAGCCAGCCGCCGUCGGUCCCUCUGCCGACGUGGGCCGUCCGCUCCCCGCAAGUCGUGCGGGAAGCCUUACCAACGUGACCGCCACUCCAUUUCCCUUCAGCGCAUGGCUCCCCCUGGCGUACCACAUCGUGCGGGGACCCAAUGUCCGGUUUUCGGCGCUCGACAGGGUGGUUGCCGAGCGGGAGGACCUGUCUCGGGGGCGGGCCUUCGUGUUCACGUCGCGCACGGUGCGUCCAAACGAGCGACUGCAGGUCAAAGUGGUCGGGGUGGACGGCAGCUUCUCCGAGUCGCUCACCUUCGGCCUGACCACCUGCAACCCUGGCUCCCUGGAGGACACGGUCCGCAGCCUGCCGGAGGACACGGACGCCCUCUAUGACCGCCCAGAGUACUGGGUCUUCAAGAAGGACCUCAAGUGCGGCCUCGAUGACGAGCUGGUCUUUGUCACCGGCGACGACGGACGAGUGCUGUUCUCGAGGAACAGUGGCUCCUUCGAGACCGUGAUGCACGUGGAUGGAACGCAGCAGUUCUACAUGUUCUUCAACAUCUGCGGCUACGUCACCAAGUUGAGGCUCGUGGGCACCAUGAGGGGGGCUCCAGUUCCCAGUGCCGCCGAGGCUCCAGAGGAGCCCCAGGCGGAGCCAAAGGGCAAACUGCAAUCCCUCAUGCCAGAAGAAGCGGAUGUGGACUGCCGUAUCUGCUUCGAGAGCCCAAUCGAAAGCGUGCUGUGCAACUGCGGCCACUCGCUGACCUGCCACGCUUGCGGGCUCAAGCUGCUCAAGGGGAACAGCCCCCAAUGCCCGGUGUGCCGCCAGCCCAUCAUCAACGUGGUGCGCAUCUACAAGGCGUAACUACGGCCCUCUCUGGUGGUGGCUUCAUCGAGGAAGGCACGCACCAAAAACACGCUUUCAUCUGCGCACGAGUUGUCGUGCCACUGCGGACAUCUGCACAGUGUUUAGGGUGGCGGGGUGAAGGGCGAUGCUUGGUCUUGCGUACUGUUAUGCGCCGCCUGCAUUCCGUUCAUUCUCGGGCUGACGAUGUACCGAGAGCUAUGACCGCUUCUUGACCCAUUCAAAUCCUUGCACGAUGGAAACCUGCAGUUUUCUCUACACCAUCGUCUCAAGGGUGAACGGAAUAUAGGGGAAUUUGACAACUGUGGCGGGGCCAUGAGGGAACUGUUUUCUCACCGUAGUAAUACCGCCAAAGUCUGACCCAUGGGGGCCUUAACAAUAAGUGACAAAAUCGUAUUGUUUAUCACUGGGAGAAUACUUUGAGGAAACAUUUUUGGAAUGCAGUAUCUUGGGAUAAUAGGUUGCAGAUGAAACAUGUGUCUUCACUUGCUUCUUUUUUUUUUCUUUUUUUUCUUUCGUUACCACCACAUAAUUUUGAAUGUCUGUUCACGAAGACAAUUAUUCGGAACAAAGCUAACUUAGUGCUUAGACCUAGAUUCUGUUUGAAGUGUGCAGAGUUUUCGUGGUGGUAAGACGUUUUUAUUCAAUAGGGACGGAGAUACGUUAUGCUAAUAGUAAAUAUGAAUUUUUAGGAAAGAUACCUAGCAUGUUUGAAAACAACUCAAAUUACCGCCAGCCAUCGAGUGUAGGCCCAUGCUAAACAAAGUGUUUGUGGUCGAGGUGCAUGAGCCGAGUGGAUGGGUUAUGUCAAUCUUUAGGUGUUUUGCUCUUGUACAGUUGCCCGAGUGGCCCGAAGUAGGCUUGUGAUGCCAGUAGUGGCCUUUGGGGGGUAGUGGUGUUUUUGUUUUUUUUUUCAGACUCGUUUGCUAGAUGUCAGAGCUCAUAGCCUACGAGAAAUUGUGUCUGGUAAGUAGUCUUCCCAACCAGGCUUCCCCUGGCUCCUGUACAUAUAUAAUGUAAUAAUAAGCAAUUCUUAUUUUUUGGUGACCGAGAACAAUUACAUCAAUCCUUUGUCUCUUGCCUCUUUCAUGCUCUCGAUGACCUCAAAAAUACAGUUUGGAUUUAGAACACUAGCAAUCAAUAUGAUAAAGCAUGUAGCCACCUUUCUUCACUAAAGCUUAUUUUGGUGUAACAAUUGGUGAUACGUAUUGCACGUGUAUAUCUUAUGAGCCUUAGUGUGAUAAACAAAAAAAGCUGUUGGCCUUUUGAGUUGGCAGUAGUAUUUUGAUAACUUUGAUGGCGUUCUUGUUUUCUCUCUACAUUUUGUUCCAUUGCUUUGUUGCUCUGUUGAUAUACUCGGUCUCACAAAAAGGCUCAAUGUGCAGAUCAAUGAGAAGCAUGUUACUAUUAAGUCAUAAUUACUACUACUUAGCACUGCAAUAUUUUGGAUUAUGGAACAUCCUUAGAAUUAGUGAAAUCCAGACUCUUUUGUUCACAAAAUCAAUUCUCUAGUGCAUCUGAGCUCCAACGAGGAAAACAUUUUGUGUCGUGGUACCGACUGGUACCAGAUAGCAACUUUGUGAACUCAAAAAAUUCCACCAUUUUGUGUAAGUAGAGUGAUGGUAGUCUUUUCCAAUAACUAACCUUCCAACGAAUUGCUAAUCCUUAAUCCUAAUGGCUGGCACAUAGCUAGGUACCCUCUUUUUUUUAAGUAGGUGGGAGGGCACACACUGUUACCAGAGGUGCUUUUCCUCGAAUGUUCGAAAGCUGAAAGUGCCCGCUGAUCUUUUCUUUAUUCCUUCAUUGUACGUUAUUUCCUUUUUUUUCUUUUCAUUUCUUUCUCUAAGGGCAUGUCUGGGGGGAGGGGAGAGGGGGAAUGGGUAUGUGCCUGCUUAAUGAUAAAGUUCAAAGAAAUAUCCAAAUGCUCCUUCACUGCCUGGGAAAUAUCAGUAGAAAUAUAAUCUGAUAGAAGUAUCUAAAUGUCUCAUUAAUACCUGUGAAAUUUCAGUUACUAAAAUAUGUAUAUAAACAGUCGACUAUCCUUUUAUUGCCUUUUUUUUUAUACAUGUUUUAUACAUGUUUAAAACAGCUUUGGCGUGAGACCCUGCUUAGGAGCCAGCCAUCCUCUGUAGAUGUUUCUUCUGGUCAUCCUUGUAGCUGUCUGCAAAGGUAAUGGCUCAUGAUAUUCAUAAUUUUUUGCUCAGUUUUGUUUUUAUGAGUGGGUAGGUCUCUAGGGGAGGAAGGCCUAGCGAAAUGCCCUCUUGCGCACCGCCUGCUAUUUAGUUUUUGGUUGAUCUAUUUUGCUUGACCUGUACAGCUUUUACUACUGACAGGGAUAUUUGCAGAACACAAGUAGGCUAACACUUCGUAGAUUUCAACAUGCCAAAGCUUACAGUUUGGAUAUACUGCAGAACAGAUGACUGCAGCUUGUGGGGGUGGGUUUGAAGAGACUACUGAUGCACCUGGAAGUAGCUCCUACCUCGAGGCAUGGUCAUUGUGGCAGAAUUUCUGGCAAGCAAUCGACGUAGCUUUUUGUGCAUGUAAUUUUUUUUCUCGGAUAAAGCAUGCAUUUUUGUGUCAUUUGGCUUAGAUUACUACGUCCUCGAGCACCGUUAUUCCUAAAACAUGCUUUGAGCAUUGUUGUUUCUGCUGUGUCUGUAUGCUGUUGACGGGGCAGUGGUGUAGUGGGGAUUUUGAUGUGGUAAUAAACCUUAUUUUUGUUACCUUU